GUAUUUUGUGACCGACGUUCAUCCCGUUCUGUCAAAACGCCCUUUCUAGUCUCAAGUGCUCUCGUGCCCCAUCGUAUCCUGCCCGCAGAGACUUUCUGUGGCUUGCAUCCCAUUAACCAGUGACCAAGAACCACGAUUGAGUCAUGGAUCAAGGCAUGAGCGCCGAAGAGAUCGCGCCGAUUGCGAUUCUCAUGGAUGAGCUGCGCUCGGACGACGUGCAGCUGCGCCUCAACGCCAUCCACAGCAUCCCCACGAUAGCGCUUGCCCUUGGCCCCGAUCGCGCUCGCGAUGAGCUCAUUCCAUUCCUGCAAGAGUCGAUGGACGACGAGGACGAAGUACUCCUUGCUCUGGCGGAGGAGCUGGGGCGUGGGUUUGAGGAAUACAUUGGCGGGAAGGAUUAUGCGCAUCUCCUCCUCGUGCCGCUCGAGACGCUGUCCUCAACCGAAGAAACGCUCGUCCGGGACAAGGCCGCUGAGUCCAUAACCCACAUCGCAGACGUUAUGUCCCCGGCACAGAUAGAGGAACACUACAUCCCCUUGCUGAAGCGCCUGUCCUCUGGAGAGUGGUUUACGUCGCGGACGACUUCGGCUGCUCUUUAUCCUCCUGUAUACGACAAAGUCUCGGCUCCAUUGCAGGAUGAGCUCAGGAAAUCGUACGCGGCCCUGGGCUCGGACGACACGCCGAUGGUUCGCCGCGCCGCCGCAAAAUGGCUUGGUCCACUUGUCAAGCGCUUUUCUGCGCAGCACGUUGUCUCUGAUGCUCUGCCUAUCUACCGGCGACUUCAGUCUGACGAUCAGGACUCCGUGCGCCUGCUGACCGUCGAAGAUCUUAUCGUUCUCGCUGGACGCAUGUCUCCGGCAGACGUGAAGGACCAGCUGCUGAAGCAGAUCUCGAGCAGCAUCACCGACAAGAGCUGGCGCGUGAGGUACAUGGCGGCCAGUCAUUUCAACGAGCUAGCAGAAGCGGUUGGCACCGACCUCGUCCGCUCCGAGCUCCUCAACCAAUAUGUCGCGCUGCUGAAAGACAACGAGGCCGAAGUGCGCAGCGCCGCCUCCAGCCAGAUUCCAGGCUUCUCGAAGCUGCUUGACAAGGACAGUAUCGUCUCGCGCAUCAUACCCUGCGUACAAGCACUUGCCCAGGAUACAUCUCAGCACGUCCGCUCAGCUCUGGCGAAAGAGAUCACCGGGUUGGCUCCUCUGCUGGGCAGAGAGUCGACCAUAGAGUUCCUGCUUCCUCUAUUCCUCACUCUGCUCAAGGAUGACUUCCCGGAGGUGCGCUUGAACAUCAUCAGCAAGCUCGAGGUAGUCGAUUCCGUCAUCGGCAUCGAGUUACUCUCCGAAAACCUCCUGCCCGCCAUCAUCGAACUUGCCGAAGACAAGUCGUGGCGCGUCCGGCAGGCGAUCAUCGAAUACAUCCCUCUUCUAGCAAAGCAGCUAGGCAAAGCGUUCUUCGACGAGCAACUCGGCAACCUCUGUAUGUCCUGGCUCGGCGACACGGUGUACAGCAUUCGCGAGUCCGCCACGCUUAACCUGAAGAAAUUGACGGACGUUUUCGGCGUCGAAUGGGCCCGCACGUCAAUCGUUCCCAAGAUCAUGUCCAUGGGCCAACACCCCAAUUAUCUCUUCCGUAUGACCACUGUGCAGGCGAUAACCACCAUUGCACCGUCCCUCAGCAUCGACAUCAUCCGUUCCGAUAUCAUUGAUCCACUGCUGCAGCGCGCCACAGACGACAUCCCGAACAUCCGUUUCAAUGUCGCCAAAAGCUUAGAGGUCCUGGCCGCGACGUACGGUAGCGAUCCGGAAGGCAAGACGCUCAUCCAACAGCGCAUUAUCCCGGUGUUGGAGCAGAUGCGGAAUGAUCAGGAUGCGGAUGUGAGAUACUUUGCGUCGCGGGCUUUGCAGAAGGCGUUGUCUAGCAUUUGAGAGGUUAUAUUGUCUUUACCACGGACGCUGACAAGGUCGCCUUCCCAUGUUUUAUAGUCGAAUACAAGAUAAUGGCUCUGCUGUAUCAUGUCGAAGUAAUUUCUUUGUAUCGGAUCUUUCUACCUCGCGAGUUCGACGCGCUUGCUGCAG